AUGACCGCUCAUGCUGCUUCAACUGCUCGCGAAGCUCAGGCUUCCAAGGCCACAGGUGUACCUCGUGCACGACCCGCUCACGAAGAAGUCGAGUAUGAUUCUGAAGCUGAAACUUUGGUCGAGACUCGUCACGAAGCUGCCCGGCGGCUUCCAGCUAACGAGCCCUGCACGUCUUCUCAGGGCGACAUGAACGCAGCGGUCCGCGCGCAAAAGGCGAAAGAGAUGGAGAACGCGGUCCAACGGUCCGAGUCGCUCAUUGGGGGCGCUGGGCGAAAGGCAUGA